AAAAAAAAAUACAGAACAGAUAAUAAUAAAUUUAACGUCAAAAUUCAUGAUAUCGACUCUUGUUUGUUAUGAUAUAUUCAUAAAUAAUCAAUAUUAUGUUGUCAAGUUUUAUUAAAUUUGGUAAAAAAUAUGGAAAAGCUGAUUACAAACAGUUACAAAAUUAUUUUAUAAUAAAUAAGGCACUUGCUUUUGAAUAUCCAUUAAAAAUUGAUGCACAUGAAUUUCGAACUGAAAAACCGAAAUUAAAUGAAGCGCCAAUCGGAGAUGGAAAAUAUUUCGAAUCUGAGGAUUUAGCAGUAUCUGAUAUUCCGGAUGGUGCUAAAUUAUUAAUUGGGGGUAUAGGACUUAGUGGAUAUCCACAAAAUUCAAUCGAUGCAGUUAGCAAAACAAAAUGUAAAGAUUUAACAGUAAUAUCGAAUACUGCCGGUUUUCAUGAUAUUGGCUUAAAAAUACUGUUAACACAACAAAAAAUAAAAAAAUAUAUUACUUCAUAUGUUGGAGUGAACCCAGAGUUUGGAAAGCAAUAUCUUAAUGGUAAUUUAGAAUUGGAGUUUACUCCACAGGGUGUAUUAGCAGAACGUCUUAGAGCUGGAGGUGCUGGUAUACCGGCAUUUUAUACACCAACUGGAUAUGGAACAGUAAUCCAAGAAGGCAAUUUCGUAAUGAAAUAUGAUACUCAGGGUAAUCCUGAAAUACUAAGUCAACCAAAACCUGUUCAAGAAUUUAAUGGAAGAAAUUAUAUUAUGGAGACUGCAAUUACUGGAGAUUUCGCUUUAGUAAAAGCGUGGAAAGCAGAUAAAGCUGGAAAUUUAGUUUUCAGAAAAUUAGGGAGAAAUUUUAAUUCUGUGGUGUGUAAAGCCGCUAAAGUAACGAUUGUUGAGGCUGAGGAAAUUGUCGAAAUCGGUCAACUUGAUCCUGAUAAUAUUCACGUUCCUGGAAUAUAUGUAGAUAGAAUUUUCAAAGGACAAAAUUAUGAAAAAUAUACUGAAUUAAUAAAAAAAAUCGUAACUCACUCAAAAUCAUCACCUGUGACUAAAGCAAAAGAAAUAAUUAUUCGACGCACUGCACUGGAAUUUAAGGAUGGACGCUAUAUAAAUCUAGGUCUUGGAAUACCAACGUUAGCUGCUUAUUAUGUUAAAAAUGAUACGAAUGUAUCAUUACACUUUGACGCAGGAGUUUUGAAGUUUUGCUAUCCAGGAAAUGAUCCGGCUGAUCCUGAUUUAAUGGGACAUGGAGUAGAACCGAUGGCAGUUCUACCUGGUACUUCUUUUUUCAGUUGUGAUGAAUGUACUGCCAUGAUCACCGGUGGUCAUCUCGAUGUGACUAUUCUUGGAGGGAUGCAAGUUUCAAAAAAAGGAGACUUAGCUAACUGGAUGCUUCCUGGAUCAAUGGUUACAGGAAUGGGUGGAGCAAUGGAUCUAGUUUCGGCUCCAAGAACAAAAGUAAUUGUGACAAUGGAACACACAACUCGCGAUGGCAGCCCCAAAAUUAUGGAAGCUUGUACUUUGCCUUUGACAGGCCAACAAUGCGUCGACAUGAUUAUCACAGAUUUGGGAGUGUUUGAAGUUACUCGAGGUGAAGGUUUGCGUUUAAUUGAAAUAGCACCUGACGUUGACAUCAAUACAGUUAUCAAUUCAACUGGUUGUCAAUUUUCCAUUGCUGAUGAUCUUAAAAUUAUGGGGCAAAUAAGAGAUUAAAAUUUAUUAAUUUAAUGUAUAUAUAUAUAUAUAUAUAUAUAUAUAUAUAUAUAUAUAUAUCUCUAACAAGAGCCAGUGGCCAGAAAUCUGUACUUCUGUUCACAUGCAUGAGUGAGUUCGUACGAGUCGUAGAUGGAAACCGAUCAUGAAUAUGAAGAAUACAGGUAAAAGAUUGCCGUAAUUAGCAAUAAUUAGCACCGACGUAUCAAAGACGCAGAUGCAAAGCUCAUUGGUAUCAAAACCAUCAAGUUGACGUAGCAAACAGCUGCUACACAGAAGCCAUUUUUAAUAUUUAUUAUAUAAUUUAGUAAACACAAUAUAUUAUAAAAAUUUUAUAUUUAAUAAACUACAAUAUAAGUCUUA